CCCUUCCGGGGAUGGGCCCGGGCGGUCGCCGUCGGCCCCGUCCCGACUCUGCCCCGGCUCCUCCCCGCUCGGGCGGGCGCUCCGCCGCGUCCCCGCCCGUCCGUGCGCCGGGCCCGGCUGGCCACACGGGGAGCGCUCAGCCCGCGGCGGGUCCCGGCUGGCGAGCGGGCCGGGGCGGGAAGGCGACGGCGGCGGCGGCGGCGGCACCAUGUUCUCCCUCAAGCCGCCCAGACCCACCUUCAGGUCCUACCUGCUGCCGCCGCCCCAGGCCGAGGACAAGUUUGAUUCGGAGCCGAAGAUUAAAAAGCUGGAGCCGGUGCUGCUGCCAGGAGAAAUUGUUGUGAAUGAAGUCAGCUUUGUGAGAAAAUGCAUUGCAACGGACACGAGCCAGUAUGAUCUGUGGGGAAAGCUGAUAUGCAGUAACUUCAAAAUUUCCUUCAUUACAGAUGACCCGAUGCCAUUACAGAAAUUCCAUUACAGAAACCUUCUUCUUGGUGAACAUGAUGUCCCUUUAACGUGUAUUGAGCAAAUCGUCACAGUAAAUGACCACAAGAGGAAGCAGAAAGUCCUGGGCCCCAACCAGAAACUGAAGUUCAAUCCAACCGAGUUAAUCAUUUACUGUAAAGACUUCAGGAUCGUCCGGUUUCGCUUUGAUGAAUCAGGGCCUGAAAGUGCCAAAAAGGUGUGCCUUGCCAUAGCUCAUUAUUCCCAGCCAACAGACCUCCAGCUACUCUUUGCAUUUGAAUAUGUUGGGAAAAAAUACCACAACUCAGCCAGCACACUCAACGGGAUCCCCACGGGCGGCGGUGGGGCUGGCAGCAGCCAGAAGACGCCCCUCUUUGAGACGUACUCCGACUGGGACCGCGAGGUCAAGCGGACGGGCGCCUCCGGGUGGAGAGUGUGCUCCGUUAACGAGGGCUACAUGAUAUCCACGUGCCUUCCAGAGUACUUCGUGGUGCCCAGCUCCUUGGCCGACCAGGACCUGAAGACCUUUUCCCACUCUUUCGUUGGAAGAAGGAUGCCGCUCUGGAGCUGGAGCCACCCGAACGGCAGUGCCCUGGUGCGGACGGCCCUCGUCAAGGACCUGCUGCAGCAGCGGAAGAUCGACCAGAGGAUUUGUAAUGCAAUAACUAAGAGUCACCCGCAGAGAAGUGAUGUUUAUAAGUCAGAUUUGGAUAAGACCCUGCCCAACAUCCAAGAAAUACAAGCGGCUUUCAUAAAACUUAAACAGCUGUGUGUUAACGAGCCUUUUGAAGAAACUGAAGAGAGAUGGUUAUCCUCACUGGAAAGCACUCGGUGGCUAGAAUAUGUGAGGGCAUUCCUGAGACACUCAGCAGAACUUGUGUACACCCUAGAAAGCAGGCGGGUCUCUGUGGUCCUCCAAGAGGAGGAGGGCAGAGACUUGAGCUGCAUUGUUGCGUCUCUUGUGCAAGUGAUGCUGGAUCCCUACUUCAGGACCAUCCCCGGGUUCCAGAGUCUGAUACAGAAGGAGUGGGUGAUGUCGGGGUACCAGUUCCUGGACAGGUGCAACCACCUGAAGAGGUCGGAGAAGGAGUCGCCGCUGUUCCUGCUGUUCCUGGACGCCACGUGGCAGCUGCUGGACCAGUACCCGGCCGCCUUCGAGUUCUCCGAGAUCUACCUGGCCGUGCUGGGCGACAGCACCCGCAUCUCCCUGUUCGGCACCUUCCUGUUCAACUCUCCGCACCAGCGGGUGAAGCAGAGCACGGAAUUUGCUAUAAGCAAAAACAUCCAGUUGGGUGAUGAAAAGGGUUUGAAGUUCCCGUCGGUGUGGGACUGGUCUCUCCAGUUCACCGCGAAGGACCGCACCCUCUUCCACAACCCCUUGUACGUCGGGAGGAGCACGCCCUGCGUGCGCAACAGCGCCGUGAAGGCCUUCAAGCGGACCAAGAGAAACUACAGCUCCACCCUGCGGGGGGUGCCGGCCUCCCUCCGGAACGGACUCCUCGGUGACCAAGAACCACUCCCACGGAGGAACUCACUCAUCUUGCAAGUGAGGCCGGACCCGCCUCCGCACGCCGAGGGCCAGGACGGCGGCCUGGAGCAGUUCUUCCGACAGUGGCUUUGCAAACCGGCCGACCUGCACGGCGUGCUCCUGCCCCAUCUGUCGGGCACGCACAUAAAGCUCUGGAAACUGUGCUACUUCCGCUGGGUCCCCGAGGCCCAGAUCGAUCGCGGGGGCUUCAUCACCGCCUUCCACCGGCUCUCGCUGCUGGCCGACGAGGUGGACGUGCUGAGCAGGACGCUCCGGCAGCACCGGGCCGGCCCGCUGGAGGCCUGCUACGCCGAGCUGGACCAGAGCCGGAUGUACUUCCGGGCCCGCAGCCCCCACGACACCUCGGGGACGCCGGAGUUCCUCUCCUCCUCGUUUCCCUUCUCCCCAGUCGGCAACCUCUGCCGGCGAAGCAUUUCAGGAACACCACUGAGCAAGUUUUUAAGUGGGGCCAAAAUCUGGCUAUCUACGGAGACACUGGCAAACGAAGACUGAAAAGGAGUAUUUUCUGAACGUUUUGAGGGGCUAGGGAUGUUUUCCCUCGGAAUUGAGUUGCUAACCUAGGCAUUUGAAGCCCUAAUAAUCUUAUAUGUCCGGCUCACUGCUGAUCUGCAGGCAGGCAUUCCACACUUACUACUGUGAUCACGUGAAUCAGGUGGUGUCCGCACCCCUUCUCCCGCUGCCUAGGGAGGGUACCUGACCCUCUGAUGAGCAACCAGAGCAGCACAGAUAAUGUGUCUGGAAUCAAAGGGACAGACGUUCCUGCUGUGUCUUAGGCGAUCACCUGGUGGACACACCGUGUUCCUGCCAGUCCGUUGCCUGGAGGAAAAGGGCUUUUCUCCAUUGACGUCAGUAGCAGUCAUUGCCAUUGAACACUUCCCAGUCCUUUUGGGGAGCCCGUCCCACCCCCCGCAGGACACACAGCGAUCGCCCUGCCACAGGACACGACUGAUCCUUCUGCCACGAAGCUGCUGCCUUACGGUGACAGAGCGCGAACUGGUGACCUCUGGGGCGGGUUCUGAUCCUCACUUCUCAUCUUCUUCCUCCGCACGUUGAUGUCAGCUCCUUCAGUCAUGUUUUGAUUUGCAACUUAAAAAACUAGGUACUAUUAAUACUGUUUCAGAUAGGAAAUGUCGUGUUUUUGUAUGAUAAUCAUAUGUAAGGUAUGGUUUCUCAUUGUAUCUUGCUGGACAGUUGUGUCAUGAUUAUUGUGCCACAGCUCACUGGGCAGAAUAUGAAGAACAACCGUCACAGCCUAAGUCCUAGCCCUCGCCGCUGCCCGGCACCUCGGAGCACCGCGGACGGGGCGACAGGUCCCGGGGGUUCCGUGUGCCGUGCCAGAGAGCGCCCCACUCGGCCCGCAGCCCUGCGUGCGAAGCCUGGGCCGCACCAUCGCAGCCUGGACUCUGGUAGGAACGUAAAGAUGUACAAUGUCUUCCUGUUACUUCGUGAAGAAACCAAUUUUAAAACCAAAAACGUCUAACUUUAUUUAAGAAGUCUGUUAACCUGGGCUACCGGUGGGCACCAUGGGCCACACCCUGCGGCGGCCGGCCUGCUGUCGGUCACUCGAGCAGCUGAACGGGACUUGGCGAGAAAGCUCAGCCUUUGUGCCUGGAGGGACUGACGCGAGGGGAAGCAGAGGAGCCGGAAGGGAGGCCUAGUUCCAGUGAGCGUGAGGGGGGUUCUGGCCGCGAAUAAACUCCACAGAACCUG